AUGCAGCGCUCCCGGGCGGCCGCGGACGAGGCGGCCCUGCUCCUGGCCGGGCUGGCCCUGCGGGAGCUGGAGCCGGGCGGCGACUCUCCAGGCCGGGGUCGGCGGGGCGCGCGGCCCGCGCCGGGAGACGAGGCGGCGCAGGCGCUGGGCCGCAGAGGGAAGGGCGGCGGCGGCGGCCCCGAGGCCGGGGCGAACGGACUGAGCCGUGGGGAGCGAGGCCCGCGGCGCGCGGCGGCCCCCGAGCUCAGCGCGCAGCCUGCGGGCAGCCCGCGGGCCAGCCUGGCGGGCUCCGACGGCGGCGGCGGCGGCGGCGGCGGCGGCAGUGGCAGCGCCCGCUCCAGCGGCAUCAGCCUGGGCUACGACCAGCGCCACGGCAGCCCGCGCUCCGGCCGCUCGGACCCGCGCCCCUGCCCCGGGCCGCCGUCGGUGGGCAGCGCCCGCUCCAGCGUGUCCAGUCUCGGCUCCCGCGGCUCGGCCGGCGCCUACGCCGACCUGCUCCUGCCCGGCGCCGUCCCGGCGCCGGCUCGCUCCCCGGAGCCUGCGGGGCCGGCCCCCUUCCCCCUGCCUUCGCUGCAGCUGCCCGCGGGCCGGGAGGGCGGCCCGAGCGCGGCGGAGCGACGGCUGGAGGCGCUAACCCGCGAGCUGGAGCGGGCGCUGGAGGCGCGCACGGCGCGGGACUACUUCGGUAUUUGCAUCAAGUGUGGGCUUGGCAUCUACGGGGCAAGGCAGGCAUGCCAGGCAAUGGGGAGCCUGUAUCACACAGAUUGCUUCACCUGCGACUCCUGUGGGAGACGACUUCGAGGGAAGGCGUUCUACAACGUGGGUGAGAAAGUGUACUGCCAGGAGGACUUCCUGUACUCUGGGUUCCAGCAAACAGCCGACAAGUGUAGUGUGUGUGGACACCUCAUCAUGGAGAUGAUCCUGCAGGCCCUCGGGAAGUCCUACCACCCAGGCUGCUUCCGGUGCUCAGUGUGUAACGAGUGCCUGGACGGGGUGCCCUUCACUGUGGACGUGGAGAAUAACAUCUACUGCGUCAGAGACUAUCACACGGUUUUUGCACCGAAAUGUGCCUCCUGUGCCCGUCCUAUCCUCCCUGCGCAGGGCUGUGAGACAACCAUCCGUGUGGUGUCCAUGGACAGAGACUACCAUGUGGAGUGUUACCACUGUGAGGACUGCGGGCUGCAGCUGAGUGGGGAGGAUGGACGCCGCUGCUACCCCCUGGACGGCCACCUGCUGUGCCGCCGCUGCCACCUGCGGCGCCUCAGGCCCGGGCCCCUCCCCUCACCUGCGGUGCACGUCACGGAGCUCUGAGCCGGGAAAGGAGCCCACGCUGCGGCCCCGCGUGCGUGCGUGUGUGCGACAGAGAGCGCCCCCGGGCGGGACGGGUGACCCGGUCGGCGUCGGAGCUCUGUGUCCCACGGGGGGCGCCGCUGCCGCGCUUCCGCCCCACCCCCACCCACGUGCCACCAAGCUGCUGUCCGAGGGGCCGGCCCCGCGGCGUAGCUGCUUCUAUUUAUUCACCGUCUGUGCCUCCUCCGGCCGCUCCCUUCUUUCCAGCCCCUACCCCCUCGCCCCCCGACGCCGGCCUUGCGUUCUCGGGGCUGCUGCGCCC